CUGACACUCGUGUUCACAUUGUGAUCAUAUUGUGUUUUUAAACCUUUUUAAUCAAAUCACAUUGGUUAGUAAGACUUAUAACUGUGGACAACCAAACUGCUUGUUCACCGUUGAGGAAGGAAUGCAGUGCGAUGAAUGUGAAAAGUGAUACCAUAAGAUGUGUACACGUCUAAGUCCUACGGCAUACAAAAAUGCUCGAAGCCUAACUCGCAUUGGCUUUGUAUGUUUCGUUGUACAAAUAGGAAGUUACUAAUCCACAAGGCUAUGAGCCUAUUGGCUUUAACCUGUUGCGCUGAUAACACGAUCACUGACGGUGACGAAUGUGUCAGUGUAGUACGUGCUGCUACCGGACCCGUUAAACAUCCGACUGUGAUUGACGGGAAAGUGAAAUCUCCGUUAACAUUAACGAGGAGUGAAGUGCCGUUUGAUAUUGACAUUGGUAAUCAUACACCUUCAGUGGAAAUUGAAGACCCGGAUAAAACUGUUACCGUUCCAAAUAGCCCCGGUGUGGCUGUACUGAGUGAUGAUAAAUGGACUUCAGUACGGAGAGAAAAAAAUGAGAAGAAAAAAGCUGUAGGCGAAAAGCAUCUGGUUAUCAAGUCAUUGGAAGAGACGGUAUGAGAAACAAAAGCUCCACUGCGUGUUAAGACAGACCUCUCUGAGUGGUCAGUCAUUUUUCAUAAGUUAAGAGAAUCUUCAGAUAAGGAACCAAAGGCUAGAUUUGAACACGACCUCAGUCAUAUUAAGUCCUUAAUAAGCAAACUACCCCCAGAUACAGUUCCAGGAGUUAGUAUUUGUAAGUUUUAUAGAAUAGGA